UAGCCGGGGGCGGCUCCGCGGGGCGGGGCGAGCCGUCCCCACAGCGCCAUGGCCGCCCUGCGCGCCAUCCUGUCCCGCGUCCGCUGUCCGCUGCGCCCCCGGCCUGGCUGCGCGGCCUUGCGCCCCUUCGUCUCGGGUGCUGAUUUUCGGUACAUCAUCGCAGAAAAGAAGGGGAAGAACAGCAACGUGGGCUUCAUCCAGCUGAACCGCCCCAAAGCACUCAACGCACUCUGCAAUGGCCUGAUCACGGAGCUCAACCAGGCCCUGGAGGCCUUCGAGGAGGAUCCGGCUGUGGGGGCCAUUGUUGUCACUGGUGGGGAGAAGGCCUUUGCAGCUGGAGCUGAUAUCAAGGAGAUGCAGAACCAAACAUUCCAGGACUGUUACUCCGGGAAGUGCUUGAGCCACUGGGACCGACUUGCCCAGGCCAAGAAGCCGAUCAUAGCUGCUGUCAAUGGCUACGCCCUUGGUGGCGGCUGCGAACUCGCUAUGAUGUGUGACAUUAUUUAUGCUGGAGAAAAAGCCCAGUUUGCACAGCCGGAAAUCCUACUGGGAACCAUCCCAGGUGCAGGGGGCACCCAGAGACUGACCCGCGCUGUUGGAAAGUCACUGGCCAUGGAGAUGAUUCUCACUGGUGACCGGAUCUCUGCCCAGGACGCCAAGCAAGCAGGUCUCGUAAGCAAAAUCUUUCCUGUGGAGAGACUGGUCGAAGAAGCCAUCCAGUGUGCAGAGAAAAUUGCCAGCAAUUCUAAAAUCAUAGCAGCAAUGGCCAAAGAAUCUGUGAACGCAGCUUUUGAAAUGACAUUAACAGAGGGAAACAAGCUGGAGAAGAAGCUCUUCUAUUCAACUUUCGCUACCGUGAGAAGACCGGAAAGAAGGGAUGACCGCGUUUGUGGAAAAGAGAAAGGCCAGCUUCAAAGACCAGUGAGCGCCUCCACCUCUGCCUAGAACCCUCUACUUAAAGACAAAUUAGAGUCUGUCUUAGAAGCAAGUAAAUCCUUUUAUAAAGGGCCGUGUCGAUGACACACAGUUUAUCUCUGAUGCUUGGGGCUCUCGCUCCUGUGUGGUAGGCAGUCUUCACCCAGCGGCCAUGAGAAUCUGUAUCUGGAGCAUGUUCACACUCUGACUGACCAUAUUCUUCUUAAAAAUUAUGAGGGGAGCCUGGGUGGCACAGUCGGGUAAGUGACUGACUGUCGGCUCAGGUCAACGGAUGAAGCCCCACAUCAGGCUCUGUGCUCAGCGGGGAGUCUUCUUCAGAUUCCCUCUCCCUCUGCCCCUC